AUGAAGCGUCGCUGGAGAGCUUUUCAACUUCGUGACGAACUCGGAUUGAAAGGACCGCCGUACAGCUUUUGGUGGGGAAGUUUGCCUUGGUAUUUCAAGAGUUUUGAAGCAGGUAAACCAAAUGACAGAUACAAACGUGAUUACGAAUGGAUGCAAGAAUACGGCAAAGUUUAUGGAGUCUACAUUGGGCCAAAACUACAAAUUUUUGUCGGCGAUCCUGAAAUUGUGCAACAAGUAUUUGUGAAACAGUUUCGAAAGUUUUCGGAUCGGACGGUGAAAGAAUUUGUUAAAUAUACAGAUUUAAAAGACAGUCUUUUACAAAUAACGUACGCUGAUGGUUGGAAAAAUGUACGCAGCUCAAUGUCACCAAUAUUUACCACUGGAAAACUUAAAAUUCUUCACCACAUUGUUGAUCGUGUUAUUGAUAAAUUUAUGGAAAAAAUGAACGAACGUGCAACCAAAGCAGAAACAUUUGAUAUCUACUGGGACUUCCAAUCACUAACUUUAGAUGUUAUUGCUAGAUGCGCUUUUGGAAUCAACAGUAACGCUCUUACAGAUCCAAAAGACCCGUUCUUGCUUAAUGCAGUAAACGUUUUUCGCGAAUUUGAUAGUGUAAAUAACUGGUGGAUCUUAGCUGCUUUGAUGUUCCCAGAAUUUGGUUUUCUGACGAGAUUUUUUUAUCGUGGUUCAAAACUGCAACUAGCUGAAAAGGUCCUCACCGAUGAACUGGUGGAAGAAUAUUACAGGCGUGUGAGGGGUCAUAAAGAACCAGAAUCCCCAGAUGUUAUGCAGUUGUUAAUAGACAGCAACGACCGAAUUCCAAAAGCUUACAUUGUUCAAAACUGUUAUUUCUUUCUCCUCGCUGGGUACGAAACAACCAGUACUUCACUCGGAUUUUGUGCUUGGUGUUUAGCUAAACAUGGCAAUGUACAAGAACGAUUAUACGAAGAAAUACAAGAAGCCAUAAGGAAAGACGAAGGGGAGUUCAAACUAGAGACUUUCAUGAAGCUGCCCUAUUUAGAUUUGGUUUUCAAGGAGGUGUUACGAUACUGCACGCCCGUUUUUUCGUUUAUUACUCGUGAGUGUAUAGAAGAAACGGUGAUAAAAAAUAUACGCUUCCCUAAAGGAGUAUGGGUUAAUUUGCCUUCGUAUUCACUGCAUCACAAUCCACUUAUAUGGGAAGACCCUGAUAAAUUUUUGCCUGAAAGGUUUUUGAAAUUGACACCAGAGCAGGAACAGGCAUUUGCGCCAUUUGGCAUUGGGCCAAGAAACUGCCUUGGAAUGCGCUUCGCAGAAAUGGAGUUUAAAAUGACCAUUGCUCGGUUAAUUUCCAAGUACAGAAUUGUUUUAACAUCCAAAAGUCAGGAUCCUCUUCAAGUAACUGCUCAGACAGUUAUAUGUAGACCGUUUUCUGAAGUUGCUGUAAAAUUAAACGAACGUGUAUGA